GCCCUGCACUUGUACAUAGCGUAAUUGUUUGCAGGAGCCUACUGUAAACGAAAAGACGAUCUAUGUCAGUGUACGAACCUGUAAAGGUACACGAAAAAUGGACGUGUAUUCUAACAGUAUGAGUUGGUCGGAGGUACGAGAUUUAUUUAGAUUGUGGAGAGAAGAAAAUGUACGUAAGAGCGUAGAAGUUGUUGACCUAUGGGAGAGAACACUACAGAAGAAGAUGCACAAAUUUGGUGAUGAAAGGCUCUUAGUACUGGAGCAAGUGUGUGUGGCUGCCCUGGAUUGCAACAGGCUUGAAGUGGCUGAUGCGUGUCUCAAAGCUCUUUUGGCUGAGUUCCCCACCAGUCUGCGCAUUAGGAAGUUGAAGGCCCUCAAGUUAGAAGCACUGGAAAGGUACGAUGAAGCCCUAGAUAUACUGGACUCCAUCAUCAAGCAGGACGAGACAAAUGCUGCCCCUCGCAAACGCCGCAUUGCCAUUCUCAGGGCAAGGGGUAAAAUACCUGAUGCUAUUAAGGAGCUCACUGAGUACCUUAAAAAGUUUAUGAGUGAUCAGGAGGCAUGGCAGGAACUGUGUGAGCUGUACCUCCUUGAACAAGACUUUGCUCGGGCGGCUUUCUGCAUGGAGGAGCUCAUCUUGCACAAUCCACAUAGUCACCUAAUUCACCAGCGAUAUGCUGAGAUCCGCUAUACACAGGGAGGCUUUGAAAAUAUGGAAUUGGCACGAGCUCACUAUUGCCUGGCUCUGAAGCUUAGCCCCAACAAUAUUCGAGCCCUCUAUGGCCUUUUUCUGUCUGCUACCAACAUUGCCAUUUCUGCUAAGUGCACAUCAGUCAAGAAAAAAGAAAAUAAUAAACUAGCAAAAUGGGCCCUGAAGGAAAUUAAUAACAGAUACGAAGAGCAGUGUGGGAAAUCAAAUGAGGUGGCAGCACUGGAGGGUCUGAUGAACUCAUUGCAGAUUUCACCAAUUGCUUAGCCUGCCUAAUGAUGAAACCAAUGUAAACAUGCUCAGUGAGCUCCAAAAUUGUAUACAGGAGUGCCGCAUGCAUAAUACGGCAAAAGUCUCUGUGAAUAUACCUUCAGCAUUUAAACAUCCUUAAGUUGAAAAUAUUCAGCUAAAUUUUUGUAACAUUGUGAGGCUCAGCUUACAACCUCUCAAUUGGAUAGCAAGUUACAAAUAUAUCAAAGCACAGCUUGGACUGUGAGUCAAAAUCCUUUUUAUUUAGAUCACAGAAACACUGCAGUAACACAAUGUAUAAAGUAGACUCUAAUAAUGAGAUAUGAAAUGUUAUAAUUUUCAGUCAGGUGUCUGAAUUUCCCACAGUAACUGUUUGUUGAAUUGCCAAAAAAAUAUGUUUCACUUGUCCAUAUUUUAAAGCGUAAACAUUCUUCAGUUGGUAAACAAUUUCCCAUUAUGGUGCUGAGGUAUAUGAACUUUCUGUUAUGUCGUCAUUUAAAAUCUCAUACUCAGAACUUAGAUAAGGGUGCAUCACAUAGAUUAAUCAACAGAGUUUCAAGGACAAGUGAUGGUUUUAAAAAUUAAAAACUUAUAAAUUACAUUCAUAAAUAUACAUACAGUGAAAAUAAAUAUAUAAAAUGUUUGAAACUACAUUUUGUAUUCUGGAGUUACAAAGUAAAGAAUUUUAACCAGUCGAUUAAUUGAAGAAUCAUAAUUUAAAGAAUGAAUUCUUAAGACUAAUAAUGUUUUAAAUAUUCUGAUAUGUGGAGAUGAAGUCCUGUAAUAGCCAACUUGGAAGAAGGAUAUUGAUAAUGAAUGAUCUGCAUUGACUAAAAAUCAUAUGAGAUUUAAUGUUCUAAUGGUAGUGAAUAUCAAAGUUCACAGCCUUCUUCUAUACGAUAUAUGAGUAUUCAGGUAACACUCUUUCAGUGGAACCUGCUGCCUUCAUCUUCAGAGUAGAAGGUAAGAAGAUGAAUCCAGCACAUUCCUAUGAAAAGCUGGUACCAGACUGUACAAUGUCAUAUAAAAUUUGAGGUUCUCACAGCAAUGACUGUGAAUGCAGCUGUCUUCUGGGAUAUGAUGCCACAUAAUCUGAUUGUUUAUUGAUGUUUCUGAGGACUGUCCUGAACUGGCCAUAUAAGUGCCACUGUCCCCUUCACUCUUCUUCUAUUGGUUCAUUUAUAUUUCCAUUAAGGUUGCUUUGUUUUUUUUUUUUUUGUGCGCACGCAUUGAUUUUUGUUUUCAUCAUAUGUUCUGGCACAUACCAUAUUAUUUUGAAUAUAAGAAGCCCUCAACUUUAAGACAUCCAGUUUUUGAAUGUGGAUUGUAAGAAAAAAAAAACAGAAAGG